ACCGGAGAGGGGUGUUGGUAUUCAUCAGACCAAGAGCGGGGAAGAGUUGAGCUUAGGGAUAAGAACAGCCCUCUGUCCCUCCUCCGAAACCAAGCUUCCUGUUGUUCAUCAACUGUUUUCCUCAGCUCGCCUUCAAAAUGGUGUCUCUUACUGAUCUCUUUCUCGUUUCCCUUUUGGUGCCAACCAGCCUUGGCUCUGCCCUGCCACCUCGGAUCGAUACGAUUGACCAAAGGGGUGGACGGGUCACCUUGAAGCAAGUGCGCAAUCCGCGUGGCCACAAAGCUUUCAACCCGGCCAGGGCAACAUACAGAACCUUUCUCAAAUACGGUGUCCCAGCUCCUGAUUACAUCAAGAAGGCAGUCGCCCAUAUCGACGAGGAACAAGAGGAGGCUUUUGCAAGGAUAAAACGCGACACGGGCUCGGCGGCUGCCAUACCCAUCAACGAGGUAGACAUUGCCUAUGUCACCCCCGUCACCAUCGGAACGCCCCCACAGACGCUCAUGCUCGACUUGGACACUGGAUCCUCGGAUCUGUGGGUUUUCAGUAGCUUGACACCAAGCAACCAGGUCAGGGGCCAAGAGAUUUACAGUCCCACCAAGUCGAGCACAUCCAAGCUCCUCAGUGGCCACACAUGGAGUAUUAGAUAUGGAGAUGGGUCCGGUUCUCGUGGCACUGUAUACACGGACAACUUCACCAUUGGCGGGCUUGAAGUGAAGAGCCAAGCUGUCCAAGCAGCCUUGGAGGUCUCCUCCAGCUUCACCCAGGAGCAAAGUCUCGACGGGCUUGUCGGUCUGGGCUUUUCGGCCCUCAACACUGUACGGCCAAGUAGCCAGUUGACCUUUUUCGACAACGCGCGACCAAAUCUUGAUGAGGAGGUUUUUACAGCCGAUCUCAAGUAUCACGCCACCGGCAGUUACGACUUUGGUUUCAUUGACAGCAAGAAAUACGCCGGAAACAUCACCUACACGGCUGUUCAACAGUCGCCCGGGUACUGGACUCACUCACUGUCUGGGUAUUCUGUUGGAUCCGGGGCGUUUCACGCAUCGCAAAUCAGCGGAAUCAGUGACACCGGUACUACAUUGCUGUACCUCCCUACAGCUAUCGUAACGGCAUACUACCGCCAAGUCCAAGGAGCACAAAACUCCCAAUACUACGGCGGGUACGUCUUCCCUUGUUCCAGCACCCUCCCCACAUUCACUUUUGGCAUUGAAGGUGCCAGGUUCACCAUUCCUGCUUCAUACAUCAACUACACACGCAUUUCCCCGACUUCCACGACGUGCUAUGGCGGCUUACAGAGCAGCUCGGGUUUGGGGAUCAAUAUCUUCGGCGAUGUCGCGCUGAAAGCUGCGUUUGUGGUAUUCAGUGGGACGAACCCGCCCAGAAUUGGAUUUGCUAUCAAGCCAUUGGCAUCUUGACCGCCGUAUUAUGGAAACCUGAUAAGAAGGAGGUCAGAAGGGACAGGGGGGGUAAGUCUGUAAUGAGCUAGAGAUAUUUUUUACAUGGGUGUUUCAGCGCUGGACAGCUCGGUCUCUUCUGUUGACAUUUCUCAUCGAACUACUCAUAGCUUCACAACUCUGAAUCUUAAUUUGAUAUGUGGGUGGUUACUAAAGCAUCACCUUUGUUGAUUUUCAUAGCCCA